AAGGAAGCAGUAGGAGGGAGACAGCUUUGUGAGGGUUGAAGUGUCUUCCUGGACUUGCUGUUGAGCCCAGAGCUUGGUGCAUGCCAGGCCACACCACUGAACUUCAUCCUCGACCCAAAACCCUUCAUCUAAUUCAUGAAGAAUGAAUUGCUUUGAACAGGACAAGCUGGGUCAAGCAUUCGAAGACGCUUUUGAGGUGCUGAGGCAGCACUCGGCUGGAGACCUUCAGUAUUCCCCAGAAUACAAAAAUUGCCUGGCUUUCUUUAACCAGCGUUCUCACAUCAGAGGCCAUUCCAACUGCUGUGGCAUGUUUUCUAUAGAGGACCCCAUCUAUAACUGGAGAAUAAACAGUACUGCAGACACGUACUUGGAAGAAAAUAUUCAUCAACCCCUGCAGAGCAUACCUGAAAACCAGUUCAUACAACCGUCCCUUUUCCAGCAAAAGGGAGGAAAAGGCAGGAGGAAGCUGCGGCUGUUUGAAUACCUUUACGAAUCCCUGUGCAGUCCUGAGAUGGCAUCUUGUAUUCAGUGGGUUGACAGAACCAAAGGCAUCUUUCAGUUUAUAUCAAAAAAUAAAGAAAAACUUGCCGAACUUUGGGGGAAAAGAAAAGGCAACCGGAAGACCAUGACUUACCAGAAGAUGGCCAGAGCCCUGAGGAAUUAUGCCAGGACUGGGGAGAUCACCAAAAUCCGGAGAAAGCUGACCUACCAGUUCAGUGAGGCCAUUCUCCAGAGGCUCUGUCCAUAUCACUUCCUGGGGAAAGACCUCUUGUACUCACAUUGUGUCCAGCCUGAUCCCCAGUGCCUUGGUUUUAACCACUGGAAUGCAGGCUAUUACCCUUGUGCCAAUGGCCACAUUCUGACCCACCCCAACUGCUAAUAGCACUCCAGAUUCUCUUGCCUUCCUAGCCGCAGAAAACCCCAAGCUUCAAGAUUUUUGUAAUGCAAAUGGUUUUCCUCCAUAGCUACAGCUCCAAUCCGUCUGUGGAUUCAGCCACCUGGGAAUCAAAAAAAUAUUAGGGAAAAAUGUCUAAAUUGGCCAGAGUUUAGUUCUUGUCAUAACAAGUUUUAGAUCGUGUUUACAUUAUAUUGAUGUUAAAAGGAACCUAAAGACUAAAAUAUUUGAGAAGGAUGUUAUUUUCCUAGGUUAUCUGCAGAUACUUUUUUUUGAAACAAGGUCUUACUAUGUAGACUAGGAACCUGCCUCUGACUUCUCGUGCUGGGAUUAAAGGCGUACACUGCUACACCUGGCUUAACCAUGCCUUUUUUAAAAAGAGGACUUGAGCAUCCAAGGACCUUGGUAUCCAAGGACAUCCUCCUAAGAGAUACUGAGGGGGAACUGCACUGAAGAGGAAAACUUCAAUUAACAUCUUUGCUGCUUCUGCUGAAUAGUAUGCACUGUAAUAGCCUAAUUUAUUAAUAAUUUUAUUUCAAACUAUCAGUUGAAAACACAGCCUGAAUGCCCUUGCCCUUACCAUUGGCUAUGCAAACACCUUCUAGAGUAUGUCACUUGGAUGAUUUUAUAGAUUUUCUAGGUAUUUUAUAGAUUUUCCAGGGUGGCCUCAAAUUCAUGGAAUAAUAGGAAUAUGCCACCACCAGGCUUAUAUAGAUUUAAACCCUUUCUUGUCAUGCACUCAGGUAGAAAGUCAUUCUUUUUUUGUGACAGGGUCU